AGAAGCCCUCAGUUCAGAGGAGACCAGAGUUUUCCCAAGAGCUGCUUUUGUGUGCUGCCACAACAAGAAAGAAACAUGGUCAGCCGAUUUGAACACCCAGCUGGUGGCUACAAAAAGAUUUUUGAGACAUGUGAGGAAUUGUCUGAGCCUCUUCCAGCAUCAGUCACAGGAAGGAUUCCUUCAUUUCUGAGGGGAAGUCUUCUCCGUUUGGGACCUGGGCUUUUUGAAGUUGGAGAUGAACCUUUCUAUCAUCUCUUUGAUGGCCAGGCACUUAUGCACAAAUUCGACUUCAAGAAUGGUCAAGUUACCUAUUACAGAAAGUUUAUCAGAACAGAUGCUUAUGUGCGAGCCAUCACAGAGAAACGUGUGGUGAUCACAGAGUUUGGCACGUUUGCAUAUCCUGAUCCCUGCAGAAACAUUUUCUCAAGGUUUUUCUCUUACUUCAAGGGCGUGGAGGUCACAGACAACUGCCUGGUGAAUGUCUACCCUGUUGGUGAGGACUUUUACGCUGUUACAGAAACCAACUACAUCACUAAAGUGAAUCCUGACACCUUGGAGACACUGAAGAAGGUUGAUAUGUGCAACUACAUCAAUAUUAACGGAGUGACAGCCCACCCUCAUAUUGAGAAUGACGGCACAGUGUAUAACAUUGGAAACUGCAUGGGGAAAGGAGCAACGCUGGCCUACAACAUUGUCAUGAUCCCACCCACACAGAAAGAUAAGUCUGAUCCCAUCGAGAAGUCCAAGGUGGUGGUGCAGUUCCCCAGUGCUGAGAGGUUCAAGCCCGCCUAUGUUCACAGCUUUGGCAUGUCAGAAAACUAUUUUGUCUUUGUGGAGACUCCGGUGAAAAUCAAUCUGCUGAAAUUCCUGAGUGCCUGGAGCAUCCGAGGAUCCAACUACAUGGACUGCUUUGAGUCCAACGAGAGCCAAGGAACUUUGUUCCACAUUGCCAGAAAAAACCCAGGAGAAUACAUUGACCUUAAGUUCAAGGGGGCGGCCAUUGGCAUGUUUCACCACAUCAACGCCUAUGAGGACCAAGGAUUUGUUGUUUUUGACCUGUGUGCCUGGAAAGGAUUUGAGUUUGUUUACAACUACCUCUGGCUGGCCAACCUGAGAGCCAACUGGGAGGAGGUGAAGAAGGCAGCCAUGAUAGCGCCUCAGCCAGAGGUCCGCAGAUACGUAAUUCCCCUGGAUGUGCACAAGGAGGAGCAAGGCAAGAACCUCGUCAGCCUCCCGUACACCACCGCCACUGCGGUGAUGCACUCUGAUGGAACAAUCUGGCUGGAGCCUGAGGUGCUGUUCUCCGGGCCUCGCCAAGCUCUUGAGUUCCCUCAGAUCAACUACAGCAAGUAUGCGGGAAAGAAUUACACAUACACCUACGGUCUGGGUCUCAACCAUUUCAUACCAGACAGGAUCGUCAAGUUGAACGUAAAGACUAAGGAGACCUGGGUUUGGCAAGAGCCAGACACCUACCCCUCAGAGCCUCUGUUUGUCCAGACUCCUGAUGGGGUAGAUGAGGACGAUGGAGUGCUGAUGACCAUUGUGGCAGCUCCCGGCUCCCAGAGACCAGCUUUUCUCCUCAUCCUUAAUGCCAAGGAUCUGUCUGAGAUAGCCAGAGCAGAAGUGGAAUGCGACAUUCCAGUCACCUUUCAUGGGAUGUACAAACCCUAACACAUUACUAUCUCGCGGGAUGUAUUUGGCCUUUGUGGGUCAAGAUGUUAUAUAACAAUUUGAGUGUGGUAGAAGUUAUAUUAGUCGAGUGUCAUUGUUGGUUAAAUAAUGGAAAUGGAUUUGUUCACAUGUUGUCAAUAAUAUUUCAUGGUUGGAGAAAUAAAAACAUCUGUUCAUUGGGAA